AUGGGUUUAAAGUGGUGGUUCUUGGCCCUCUUUGUUCCGGUUUUGUCGACCCAAGCCCUCCUCGGGGCCCACACCGGUGGGCUUGCACACACUAUUGGGGGGAAUGGGCCCAAGGGGACGGGGAAGGGGGGCGAAGCCAGGAGAUGCGCGGUUUGCCAGGGAUCGAGUUUAUGCGUUUUGGACGAAUAGGUUGCCUAGUCACCAUUGUUUCAAGAAGAGGGAAAAAAGAUAAAAGAGAGAAAUAAAAAGUUCGGAAAACCUUGUUUGGAUGCAGCCACAUUGUUUUGUUACAAACGAACUCGCGCUUCAUUCAUUGAGUGGGUGUGAUGGAGCUGCCCUUUUUGUAUCAAGUUGCAAAGUGGCUUGCAAAGUGAACG